AUGUCUAUUAACAGAUUGACAUUAGAGGUAAGAGAGGAGGAUUUUGGAGAAAUAUUGGAAACAUUAAUUGAGAAAUAUGACAACAUAUACUCUCUCACCAUCCUUGGAGAUAUUUUCGAUGAAUUGGAAUAUUUUGAACGUUUCUUACCACAUUUAAAGAAAUCAAUUCAGAAGAAUGGAAUUGAGAGUGAAUUUCUCAUUUCCUACCUCGGUCGUUUGUCAAGAUUGGAAAUUCCAAUUUCAAAAAAGUGGGAACGGGCUCAAAUUUAUUUGGAAUACAUUUUAGAUUUUGCUCCCCCAGCCAUCACAAACUUUCCAAGUGAUUUCAUUUUGGAUUUGAGUAAUGAGUUGGAAAUACUUUCAACAUUCAUUGACAAAUAUCCUCAAGUACUUGUUAAUGAUUUUCCAUAUUUAGACUUGACCAAUUUCACACGAAAAGGAAAUGCCAAAAACUUUUUCCAAGUAGCCAGAUCCAGAGGAAUAGAUUGUUCCAUUCAAAUUUAUAAUUUGGCAUCACGUUUAAUAUCAGAAGCUAGAUAUGCCUGCGUCCAUAACCAAAAGAUUUCUGAAUUGAUUUGUUUUGUGAUUAGUGAGAAAUUUUUUGUCGAUAUUUAUCACUUUGAAGAAGAUUCAAAAUUCUUCAUAAAUUUUGUGAAAUACUUGAUGCAAGUUCACUAUGAAUCGAUUGAGAAGGAAAUUGAAUUUCUAUUUCCCACCAUUGUGGAUCUUGGAAAGAUAUAUGGACAAGACACCAACUAUGAAAAGAGAAUUUGGAAUUCCAUUGGAGAACUCAUUUCCAGAUUGCUUUUAGUUGAGGAAUUGCCUCAAAUUAACAAGAUCAUGGACAGGAAAUUUACACCCACCGUGUGGAAUGUUGAUUUGUUAAUCUAUUUAUUGGAAGAGGAUGCACUCCAUCCUCAAGUUAUCUCCAAUAUAUAUGAAUUGAUUCGAUAUAGUGAGACAGAAUCAUUGGAUCAGUAUGUCCAUCGAUUAUUAUCAGAGGAGAAGAAUUCUUCAGUAGUACAAGAGCCGAUAAUUGACAAUAUCUCAUUUGCUAAUUUUACAAAAAGUGAUCCAAAAUUUUAUAUUUGUCUUUACAAUGCUUGCCAAUUAAGAUUCAACCACAAUGUUUAA